UUUACUCUGUUGUUCAUAUUUAGGGCAUGAUGUGACGGCGAAGGUGCUCAUCGACGCGGGUUCGGACGUGAAUGCACAGAACUCGCAAGGGUAUACACCUUUGGAUUUAGCCGUUGCAGGGGAUCAUUACGAUACUGUGAACGUUCUUUUGGAAAAGGGAGCCGUUGUUGAAAACGAAAAUGAUGACAGGUGCGGUGUCUUCGAAGUUUUUGUUGAAUUGUCUAGUCGGAUGCUACCUCCUUGA